UUCAUUCAUAAACAAGCCGGCCUGUCAUCAAGUAAACACUCACGCACACAUUCACAUGGCUUUGUAAACACUACUAUAAACGCACACGGUGCGUGUGGCAUCCGCGAAAGAAUACACUAUACUUUCAUCGUUGUUCUGCACUUGUCAUAAGGAUUUGAUCACAACAAACUCCACACGGUUAAAUUAAAUAACGUAAGCUGGUUCAAUGGCAAUAUUAUAAAGCAAGACAAUGCUCUUAAGCGACCACCCACGUACGGAAGGAGACUGCUCGGGGAGGGAGUCGAAGCUGAGGUGGGAGGUGGAUGGGGAGGAGGACGCCAUUGCAGCCGCAGCUGGCCGUUUGUGAGUCGGCGGAGGAGAGACAUUACCAAAGUGAACAAUGUCGACUGGCUUUCAGGGAUUUCCCUGGCUCGGCUCUCUCUUCUGGGGCUGUGGUGUGGAAACAGAGGAGUAAGAUGGACGUUUUAUCCCCGUCGAGAGUGAAAAUGUGGAGCCGCAGCGCUGAGCCUAAGCAGCAGUCCCCCACCAUUCCUUCACCAGUCCGGUGGCCCAGCUUCUCACCAUGAACACGAGCAGGAACUGUACCACAGUGGGGAAUGGCGAGGGUCUGGCUGCCCUGGAGUCAGUCUCCAUUGUGACCAUCACGCUGCUCGCCUGCCUCGGGAACUUUCUGAUUGUGGCAACCCUUUAUCGCAGGCCUUAUCUGCUCACACCCAGCAACAAGUUUGUGUUCAGCCUGACUCUGUCCAACCUGCUGCUGUCCGUGCUGGUGCUACCGUUUGUAGCUGUGAGCUCAGCAAAGAGAGAGUGGAUGUUUGGGGUGGUGUGGUGCAACUUCACCGCCCUGCUCUAUCUCCUCAUCAGCUCUGCCAGCAUGCUUACCCUUGGAGCUAUCGCUAUCGACAGGUACUACGCCGUGCUCUACCCGAUGAUCUACCCCAUGAAGAUCACAGGCAACCGGGCGGUUGUCGUCAUUGCCUACGUGUGGUUUCACUCGUUGGUAGGCUGCCUGCCUCCUCUGUUCGGCUGGUCCUCCUUUGAGUUCGACUGCUUCAAGUGGACGUGCGUGGCGUCGUGGCACAGAGAGCCGAGCUACACGGCCUUCUGGGUCACCUGGUGCAUCCUCCCACCCUUCUUCAUUAUGCUGGCGUGUUACGGUGUCAUUUUCCGCGUAGCCCGCAUGAAAGCCCGCAAAGUUCACUGCGGGACUGUUGUUGUGGCCCAGGACGACUCCACUGGAGCCCAGAGGAACGGGCGUAAGAACUCGAGCACCUCGACUUCCUCUAAUGGAAGUCGGCGGAGCCUCGUGUACGCAGGGAGUCAGUGCAAGGCUUUGGUCACCAUCUUAGUGGUGAUUGGCACCUUCCUCAUGACCUGGGGGCCAUACGUUGGGGUAGUGGGCACUGAGGCCUUGUGGGGUCAGGGCAGCGUGUCUCAGUGGGUGGAGACUCUGGUAGCGUGGCUGUCUUUCUGCAGCGCGGUGUGCCACCCACUCAUCUAUGGCCUGUGGAAUAAAACGGUGAGGAAGGAGCUGCUGGGGAUGUGCUUUGGAGAUCGGUACUACAGAGAGUCGUUUGCCACACGCCAAAGGACGUCCCGCCUCUUCAGCAUCUCCAACAGAAUCACAGACUUGGGGAUGUCCCCACACCUGACUGCCAUGCUCGCGGGUGGAGGACAGCUGUUGGUCCCAGGAAGCAGCACAGGAGACACUGGCUUCAGUUUCACUCAGGACUCAUGCACAGAUGUGAUGCUGCUGGAUAACUUCUCCACAGAUGGCUCCUCCCUCGCGCAGCACCACGGGCCUCCGUCCGGGAAAAGGAGGAGCUCAGUCACCUUUGAAGACCAGGUGGAGCAUUCCAAAGCUGAAAACGCAUCCUCAGUCCAGAUCCACGCAGAGGUGCACAAAUCUCUCGACAUGUUCGCCUCCUGUUUGGCGAAAGCCAUAGAGAGCGAUGCUAAGCUCACCCUGUUUGGGGAGAGUUCAGCUCUGUCAGCAGGACUCCUCACAGCGAGGGCCACGCCGAGGCCCAGAUACCUGGAAGGCCAGAGACUGAGGCUGGAGAGUAUUGAUGAAGGGAUCGUUAAGGAUGACAGAGAGCUCUUCACAGACCAGCACCUGUCCACCUUUACACCCCAUACCUGCCCAGCAGGGAUGCAUGGAGGUAAAAGGAGGCCCCCCAGAACACUCUGCUUCUGAGCUUGAGAUCUGUGGACUCUGUGGUCUCAUCUUUUUAGACUUGAGGUGGGUUAAUUUUUUAUGUUGAUUUUGUUGUUAAGCGCUUUGUGAUGUUUAUCUCAAAAGGUGCUAUAGAAUGAAUCACUUUGACGAGUCACAGGGAUUACUUGUCCAAACACUGGUUCACUUUUAAGUGAUUUCCACAGGAAACUGGGUUUGGACCAACAGAGCGGCUGUUCAGUAGCACUGUAUGACAUAGGUUUGACCCAAGAUCAGCUGCUCUGUACACCCACAACAGCUGUCAGUAUCUGUCAGCAGGUGCCGUCUGUUGCUGUAGUCAAACACUUAGUCUAAAUUUUUCAUCCAAACCCAAGUGCAGAUAUAUUUGAGAUACCAUUUGGCUUUAUUUUUUAUUUUUUCCAGGUUUUGUAAAACAUAUUUUUGGGGAGAAGAUCCACAGCUUUCUUCCCCCGCCCCCCUUUCUUCUUCUUCUUUAUCAACAAGAAAAUUAAAGCAUCCGUGUUUUACUUUAUGUCUGUAUUCACAUGCGUAACUGCCGGAGCAGCACAUCAACAUUUCUCAGCUGUGCUACAGUUUCAAAAACGUCAAACGUUAACACUGAUCAAAGCUCACCUUCUCCUAACAAAAUAAUAUUGCACUUAAACUUUCACACCAGCCACCACUUUUCCUCACACUUAUAUUUUGACGUCCUUGCCUUUACAUUCACACAAAUAUAGUUUAUCCUCAUACAGA